AUGGCGCCGUCCAAGACGACGACGAAGAAUACGUUUGACGCAUUGUGGAAAGAAUGGUUAAAAGGGAAAAGACGUGGGAAGCAGAGUGCAGAUUCAGUGGAGAGAGAAUUAGGUUCCACAAUAGUCAAAUGGGUGAGAGGACUUGUUCCAGCAAUGAACAGUAUGGAGAAUGAAUUGGCGGCUCAAACAGUGUGCACAGAUAUAGGAGGGUCGGAGGAUGAAAAGGUAUGUAAGUUCAUUGUGAGAAAUUUGUUGGAAAUAGAAAAAAUCAGGAAAAAGGAUUGCGUACGAAGAGGGAAAAUUGAAGGAAGGAUGAAGGGGUAUAUUCAAUGCACAAUGUUGAACUUAUGGUCUGCUAUGUACCGAAGUCAUCAUUGUAAUAAGAAGAAUGUUGUAGAUAGCGCAUACAACAAAGUGAAGAGCACGAUCCAAGGACCCAGUAGUGCUGUUGGGUGUGGAGAAUGUAAAUUUGAACAAUUAGAACCUAUGAGAGUAGUAGGGGAAUUCGAUAUGCUGAUUAUUAUUUUAGCACUUUUGAAUGCGGAUUCGCAAGUUAUGAAGCUAAUAAGGGAAAAGCAGGAAUUGCAGGCUGGGGGGAAUUGUAAUGAUGAAGAAGAGGUUCUAACCAAAUUACGUCUCCCAGGUCAUAGUGGCACAGAUCCACGGGAGGGACGCAGUGCGGUUGGGGAUAACGUGCUAAGGGACUUAGUGAACAAGUGGACGGAGAGGAAUAGUGGAGCAAUGCACGGACAGCUAAAUGAAGGAAUAAAGGAGAAUCUGCAGAAAAUAUUUAAGAACCUUAAGGACACAUUAAAUAUGGAAGAAGGAAUUCAUAGUACCCUGUGUGCCUAUUAUGGAGGAGAAGGACGGGGAAGUGGGAAGGUUCCUUGGGGUGGACCAGAGAAGGAAUUUUGUAAAGCUGUCUUGAAAGUGUUGUUGUACACGAAUGGCUUAACACACAGAUUUGACAUAAGACAGGGUGUUCAGAAGGAGGAUAGCGUAGCUGCUUAUUUAAGGUGUAUAGUGGGAAGGGUAGUCCUUACGGAAUUAUAUGGUGGCCAUUGUUUGUUUAAUAAGCACAUAGAGUAUAUGCAUAGAAUGGUUCAACCCUUCGUGGACAUCCAUGGGCCAGAUAUGAAAGAUCAAUUAUGCUCUAAUUUCGACUUGGACAAGUCUAUAUUAGGUGGGCAACUACUUUGGGAUACAGUAAGAAAAUGGGUGGAUGAUAUAAAAACGAAGACAGGGAAAGAUGGAAUACUGAAGUAUUCAUGGUUAAUGAACAAUUUGAACAAGUGUCCUGAUGGAAGUUCAGUAAAUGCAGGUACGAUAGGGAGGGAUGUUAGGAGAGGUGCUGUUCCAGGGCUAGGGGCGGAAGAUAUGGACUUGAUUAAUGAAUUACAGAGAAUGAAGGAGAAGAAUUAUUAUAUAUCACAGGGAGGUGCGAUAGAGGUAGUGGAGAAGGUGAAGAACUUAACGGAAGAGGAUGAAAUAAAGAAAGAGCUGAAGGAAAAAAUUGAAGAACAGAAAGAAAAGGAACACGGAAAGAAUCAGUCUACGGUUCUUCCCGCUUCCCAAGGUGUACCAAGCACUGCAAAUGGACAAAGUCAAGUAAAUCCAGCAGCACCACCUUCCAAUCCGGCAUCAGCCAUUCCAUCAGGCACUCAAGUAGUUCAACCUCCCCCUCCUCGAGCACCUACGUGGACGGAUAUUUAUGAGAAGGCGAAAGAUAUAGUUUCGUCCAAAGUGCCCUCAAUUAUAGAGAAGGUAAAAUCUUCCAUCCCCAUGAACACUUAUUCCUUCCUUCCUUCCGCCCUUAAUUCCCUUUCUAAUUCAAUUUCCUCAUCUGUACAAACAUUUGUAGAAUAUACUCAAUCCACUCUUCAACCACCCGCAUCAACUGUAUCCAGCAACUCCAGUCUCCCCACUUCUCAUGUUAAUACUGGUAGUGUUACCUCACAAGGUGGUCCUCCUGCUAUUCCUGGACAAGCUGGUGUUGCUGGUGCUGGUACUCCAGCAGCAGCAGCUGCAGCUACAGCUGUUCCAGCAACGAAAGCAAAAUCAUCAACUAAAGCAGGACCAAAGGGAAGAAUUCGUCCAACGUCCCCUCCCCCCGGACGGAAGGGAGAGGGGUGGAUGGAAGGGUUUCCAUCCGACUCGAUUCAUCCUUAUCUUCCUUUAGUUCCUUCUAUCCUUGGAAUUAUCACCAUAACUUAUUUCCUUUGGAAGUAUUUUGGCCAACUGGGUAAAAUAAGACGUUUCAGAAGAUCUCCUCCUGAAAUUCCUGGUCCAUCAGUACAGGAACAAGUCCUCGAUCAUGUGCAGCAAGAUAGUUCACAUGAAUAUCAAUUGGUGAAGGAACGAAAACCUCGUUCUGCUCCAACGAGAACGAAACGUUCUGGUCGCGUGAAUCGUCGAACGAUUAUUGAAAUUCAUUUUGAAGUGUUGGACGAAUGUCAAAAAGGGGACACACAAUUGAACCAGAAGGAUUUUCUGGAACUUUUGGUUCAAGAGUUCAUGGGAUCGGAAUUUAUGGAAGAAGAAGAACAGGUUCCUAAGGAAGACGUUCUUAUGGAAGGGGUUCCAAUGGAAAGUAUUCCUUUGGAGCAGGUUCCAAUGGAACGUGUUCCAAGUUUAGGUUCCGUGUUUAUGGUUUAG